CGCACUCUUGUACCAGAGCGCAGCUGUCACCAUUGCUUCAUUCCCAUUGGCCGCGGAGCGACAGAGAGGCAAACAAGGCAGAGGCAGCGCUGGACCCCAUCGAUCUGUCUGCAGGACUGCACCGAGGAGCCUCCGUCACGUCAGCCCCCGGACUCCCAUUUCCCCGAGCUGGACUGGAAUGCCAGACGUGGAUUGACCGUUUGGAGAAUGCUGCUGGGAAAUUUGGUAGUGCUUGCGGUCUGCUUGUGGUGCACUGAUGUUAGCAGAGCCUAUGUUUUUCAAGCCAGCCGACCUUCAGAGGAUGGAGACACCCCUUCACAAUUUACUAAAGUCAUCUCAGAGUGGGUCAGCACAUCGGGCUCCUGUAAGGGGAGGUGCUUUGAGCUGAAGGUGACUGAUCCUCCUGGAUGCAGAUGUGACAAUCUUUGUAAAACCUACUACAGCUGCUGCUCCGACUUUGAUGAGCACUGUCUAAAAACAGAGGGAGGUUUUGAGUGCCGACCAGAUCGCUGUGGGGAGGAAAGGAAUGAAAACCAUGCUUGCCACUGCUCAGAGGACUGUCUGGAGAGGGGAGACUGCUGCUCCAACUACAAAUCUGUCUGCCAAGGUGAAACUUCAUGGGUGGAAGGAGACUGUGAGGAGAUCAAAAGUGCCGAGUGCCCUGCUGGUUUCAUACGUCCUCCCCUCAUCAUGCUGUCCCUGGAUGGGUUCAGAGCCUCCUACCUGAAGAAGGGCAAAUCUGUCAUCCCCAACAUACAUAAACUCCGAACAUGUGGAACAUCAUCCCCAUACAUAAGACCAGUCUACCCCUCAAAGACAUUUCCAAACUUAUACACCCUUGCUACAGGCCUGUACCCAGAGUCUCAUGGGAUUGUGGGAAAUACCAUGCAUGACCCGGUGUUCAAUGCCACCUUCAGCCUGCGCACCAGAGAGAAACUGAAUCACCGCUGGUGGGGCGGACAGCCGAUCUGGAUCACAGCAGAGAAACAGGGAGUGAAGGCAGGCACCUUCUUCUGGCCUUGGGUGAUUCCUUUUGAAAGGAGGGUCUUAACCAUCCUAAGUUGGCUGCACCUGCCUGACGAUGAGAGGCCCUACGUUUAUGCUAUUCACUCAGAGCAGCCCGACACCUUCGGCCAUCGUCUGGGUCCGCUCAGCAGUGAGCUGGACAAUCCUCUGAGGGAAAUCGACAACAUUAUUGGUCAAAUGAUGAACGGCCUGAAGCAGAUGAACCUUCACCGCUGUGUUAACGUCAUCCUCGUGGGAGACCACGGCAUGGAAGAGGCUCACUGCGACAGGAUCGAGUUCCUCAACAGCUACCCUCUUAAAAUAGAGGAGAUCGCUCUGAUACCCGGAUCACUCGGUAGAAUUCGUGCCCGUGACCCCAAAUCCUCCUCAUAUGACCCAAAGGUCGUGGUUGCAAACCUCACAUGCAAAAUGCCAACUCAGCACUUUAAACCAUACCUGAAGCAGCAUUUACCCAAGAGGCUUCACUACGCCAACAACCGCAGAAUCGAGGACGUCCACCUGCUGAUGGAGAAAAAGUGGCAAAUUGCCAGGAAAACCCCAGAAAAGCCGAGAACUCGCUGCGGUUUCUUUGGAGAUCACGGCUUUGACAACAAGAUAACCAGCAUGAGGACGAUUUUUAUAGGCCACGGGCCGAGUUUCAAGUUCCAGAAAAGGGUGCCCGAGUUUGAGAACAUAGAGUUAUACAACAUCAUGUGUGACUUAUUGGGGCUAAAGCCAGCCCCCAACAACGGGACACACGGCAGCCUGAACGACAUGCUGAAAGAGCCGGUGUUCCACCCCACCAUGCCAGAGGAAGUCACGCCUCCAUCACCGGCGUCCGACUCUGACGGCAAAGGGACCAACGAUCUGGGCUGCAGCUGUGACCAUGAGAACAGAGUAGAGGAGGUCGUCGAAGCCUUCAGUCCUGCAGCCGAUGGAAACUACAAUUACAACACCACCCAUCUACCGUUUGGUCGUCCAGCGGUGAUGUUCAGCACCGAGUACAGCCUUCUGCACCACGUGGAGUUCAUCAGUGGCUACAGCAGAGAGCUGGCUAUGCCUCUCUGGACUUCCUACACGCUGUCGCGACAGGACGACAUGACGGCGGUUCCAGAGGUUUCCCCGAGUGUUAAAUGCGUCCAGGCGGAUCCCAGAGUUUCACCCGACCACAGUCAGAGCUGCAGCGGCUACAGCCAGAACAGUCACCUGACCUACGGCUUCCUCUUCCCGCCAGUUCUCUCAACAUCUCCAGCGUCCAGAUAUGAUGCCUCCCUCAUCACCAACACCGUUCCCAUGUAUCCCGCCUUCAAAAGGAUAUGGACUUACCUGCAGGAGACGCUGGUGAGGCGAUACGCAGAGGAAAACAACAGCAUAAACGUCCUCUCUGGACCUGUCUUUGACCACAACUACGACGGCCUUCGAGACACCGUGGAGCAGAUUAAAGAGUUCUCAGUGGAAGGUCUCCCUGUCCCCACCCACUUCUACACUGUUGUGACAAGCUGCCAGGAGCUGAACCAAACUGUGGAGGAGUGUGGCGGAGACCUCCAGGUCUUUUCAUUCCUCAUUCCUCACAGAGCCGACAACAGCGAAGUCUGCAACAGUCCUGAGGACGAGUCCGAGUGGGUGGAAGACCUGCUGAAGCACCACACAGCCAGAGUCCGAGACGUGGAGAUCCUGACCGGCCUGGACCUUUACAGAUCCACCAAUUUAACUUACAUCGACACCCUAAGACUCAAAACGUACCUGCAAACGUUCGAGAGUGACGACUGAACGCACAGAAACGGACACGACUAUGCAGGACGUUACUCUUUCUGAAAGUCCAUGUUUCACUGCAUGCUCUCUGGACCUCAUCUGUUCCAGCCCAACAAGCCUUUUUUAGGGGAAUUAUUUUGUUAGAAAUAAAAUUGUUAAAAUAAAAACAUUAAUGCUUUUUUUAAAAUCCUCACGAAAAAAAAAGCUUAACCUAGCAGUAGAACUGGUGCAGAGUGUGGGGCUGAAAGCUGCUGUCGCACAUUUCACGUAAUAUUCUGCAGAACAGGACCAUCAUGCCGCUGUAACUCUGUAACUUCCUUCAUGUAAUUCUCCUGUUAAACAGAAACACAUGCAGUUACAUACAAAAUAAAGUAUAACAACUAUAA